GCAAAAAUAUAUGAAAGUAAUACAUUAUAUAAUUAUUGUGGUUUACGGGAAAUAUGAUUUCAAAUCCACUACCAGACUGUAAGUGUACUACACUUUAGAGAGAAUAUAAUCCAGACCAAUAAAAUAUCCCAGAAGAGCAUAUUUCUGAUUCAAUUUGUCAUUAGGAUUCUAAGCCUUUACGUUCCUGCUGCAAAAUGAAGAAACUAGAUAUGAAAUACAUUACAAAUAAGAAAAAGAUUCUAACUGCUAGACAAUUCAUUAAAUAAUAACAAUACAAUAGCAUUGGCAGCAGUUUGUCCAUUCCACAAAUACAUGAGGAAGCGUGUCUACAAAAUCCCCAUAGGAAAGCACUGAGACACUUAGUCUCUCCCAUCAGCAGAGUGCGACCCAGUGCUAAGGAACAUUGGUGCUGAAAUUUGGUAAGUGAAAAAGUUUUUUAUUUUUGGGGGACAAAGGGGGCUUGAGUGUUAGAAAUACAAUUAUGUGUUCCUAAUACCAUAGUUUUCCUUUAAUAUACACAUAUACUUAGACUCAUCAAAACUUUCAGCAACAGGACCACAAGGUCCUUAAUUAGUCCCUGGUCCUACUUCCUCUUGUUUACUCUGAUGGCCACCCUUUUUUAUGAUUCAGGUUGUAAUAAAAGUAAAAAGUUAAACAGCAAACUUACAUCAGUAGCUCCCUAUUAGAAAAAAAAAACAGUGUGAGAAAUCCACAUAUUUUCUCAUUGUUUUGUCGAAGGGGCGCUACUGCCCUGUUUGACGCCUUGGGAACCGUAAAGGAUGUUUAGGGACAGUUCUAUGGUCUUUCUGAAAAUGGGACACCAGGGGACAAAGAUAGACUGGCUGGAUAGAACCAUGAAAUCGGGACUAUCCCAAUUCAAUAGGGAAUGUUGAGGCAUGCCAUAACAACUUUAUUCUGAUUACGUUGUUAAGAGUUGCUUUAAGUUCGUCCUGGUCCAAUUAAAUAAUUAACUGGCCAAUACCUAGUGAACAAAGCUUUAUUUUAUUGGGUGGUGGUGUGGGGGGACACAUUAUUUCCUAAACAAUAAAUAAAAUGGGUAUAUGCAUUUGUGAAUUGUUACUGUGAAUACUACAUAUUAUUAUUAUGAUAUUUAUAGAGCGCUGUCAAAUUCCGCAGCGCUUUACAACGGGUGGACGAACAGACAUGUAGUUGUAACCAGACAAGUUGGACACACAGGAACAGAGGGGUUGAGGGCCCUGUUCAAUGAGCUUACAUGCUAGAGGGAGUGGGGUAAAAUGACACAAAAAGGAAAGGAUAGUAUUAGACUAGUGACAGUUGCAGAAGAGGAAUCAGUCAGGAGCUAUUAAUAGUUUAAUUGAUACGCUUUUAUGAAGAAGUGGGUUUUUAACAGUUUUUUGAAGGAGUGGAGACUGGGUGAGCAUCUAAUGGAGCAGGGAAGCGAGUUCCACAGGAACGGUGCAGCCCUCGAGAAAUCUUGAAGGCGAGCAUCAGAGGUGGGAGUACGGACAGAAGAUAGACGUAAGUCUUCAGCAGAUCGUAAGGGCCUAGACGGGACAUACUUGUGUAUAAGGCAGGAUGGAUAGGUGGGAGCAGCAUUAUGUAGAGAUUUGAAAGCUGGUCACACACUACAGGGUGGCCCAUAAGCCCCUACCCAUCGCACACAGACACACUGGUUACAUCACAUCUAUGGAUGGGUAGGGGCUUACAGGCCACCCUGUAUGAUCUGUCCAGUGCAUCUACAUAAGGAAUUUAACAUGUAAACAUUAUACUAUUCAUCCUAUUAAUAUAUGGAAAUAAUAUUAGUUAUUUCUUCCUCCCAGUGUUGCAUGUUAGUAACUAAUACAGCCGCUCACACUGAAGUAGUGUUGGUUAAUCACACAGACACCAUGAUGGCUAAUUUAUGGAUCUCAUUAGGUGUUGAUUCCUGUGAUGCUGCCUACUUUGUAUAUAUAUAUAUUUAUUGCUCCCCCUCUAUAAACAUUCCUGUCACUGUCUAGCCAGCACUCAGUUUGAAGUCAGUACAUGGCUUCACAUUCUAGCAAUUCCCGCCCGAUCCAGUGACGUACACGAAGCCACGCCCACGUGCGGAUGACCAUUCACUUUGAUCGCAGACCGUUGGCUUCGGAACGUACGAGAAGUGGGCGGGCGUUCCACUUUCUCUCACGUGACUCGAGCCAUUCAAUCGCGUCUCGCGUGCUCGGAGUAAACGUGACGCCAGCUUGAAGCGAGGUCAGCCAUCUUGGAGACGGGAGGAGCACCACUCUCUAGAAAGCUCUCCUUUAAAAUAAUUUAAUGCCGAAACCCGGUGACGGCUAAAAUCUACAACUACUGCUCUGCGACACCGGGGGAACCACCUUUGCUGCCAACGCGCGCCCCGAGACCCGAAAGUGGAAGCGAGCGGCCGCGAUUCGAAACAAGCAAGCAGCCCGGGGCGGACGGAUCGGCCAGAGAUGGUGCAGUCGUGUUCCGCUUACGGUUGCAAAAACCGAUACGACAAGGACAAGCCCAUAUCGUUUCAUAAGUAAGUUGUGAGCGGGGAUGGGGGCGAUGUGAGUUUAAUUUGGGAUCGCAGCCUGCCAGCUCGCUGGGGUAGGCGCCGCGCAUGCGCAGUUCCCGUCACGCGGCGCUCGUGCUGGUGUUGUGCGUGGUAGAGGCGGGUCACGUGGUGCUCAUCUCGGCCAGCGCGCGUGAAGAGGGCACCUGGGCGCGUGCACAAUAGCUUCAGGAGUUCUAUAUAUUUUGGGGGCAAUGAUACAUGUUUAUAGGAAUUUAUAUGGGAUGGUUACAUUUACACAAGCCAGCCACAUCUUUCAUAUUUCUUAAUGAUUAAAAAAAAGUAAUGGCUUUUUUACACACCCCUUACCUUUCUGCAGUGAGGGGUUUAUAAUAACUAUAUUGGUCAUGGGUUUUGUGACGGGAUCCAUGGAGGUUCAAAGACGGAGCGUGUGGUCUGCACUACUGGUAGGUGCAGGCCAUAGUAAAUUCUAUUUUGUUCCAGCACUUUUUGAAUGCAAGCACAUCCAUGGUAAACUGGUGGCAGCGCAGUGACUUAUUCAGUAACCACUGGACUGCUACAAAGCAUUUUGCAGACCACACACUCCUUACAGACAGUGCCAUCCCUCUGUUGUGUGCCCACAGAGGGUUCCCAUGUAGAAACUUCCUUGCCAGAUCAAGUGAUUUUUUUUUUUUUGUGUGUGUGUGUGUGUGUGUGUAUAAAUUGGAGAAGAACUGCCCAAUUACAAGCAUGACCUCAGAGCCUGUACAUACAUUCCUUCCCCAUAUGAAAGAAUAGCAGCCAUUCAUACCUGGACUGUACAGUUACCUUAUACUCAUUUGGAAUGUUACCUACUAGUACAUUCUAUGCACGUAAUGUCAGUUGAACUCAUGGUUGGCUUCAGGGCUUUAUGGGCCCGAUGCUGAGUAUUUUAUUGGGCAUUUUUACUGGAAUGCAUUACAUGCCAAACUAAAAAUGUUUAAUUGCAGUGCAAUAAUAUAAAUUUGUUGAAAGGUUUCAGUUCAGAAUACAAACCUGGAAUUUUAAAUAAAACCAUGUUAAUUUAGUCAACCACACUCCGUGACCCAUACACACACCGUCUUUAGUGAUGUAUUUAAAGCUGGUGUGUGUUUAGGGAUGUUGCUUGUAGGGUUGUAUGCAUAGUGGUAGACUGCUUAUGCGCUUGUCUGUGUGGAUGAGUCUGUUUGUGAUGUAGCAUAUUGAUGUGUGUGUAAGGAAGUUUGGCACUGUUUGUUGUGCCUGGAGGUUGAUGCCUGUGGUGGGUGCAGGGCAGCAUAGUUACAGUGGUAUUAACCCCUUCAGGGCGGAGUCAAUAGUGCACGUUCUGAGCAAAACAAACGUAAACAAAAACUGGAAUUUGCGCUAUAUGUCUGUUCAACUGUAAUUCACCGCUGUAACUUUAAGUGCACCCACACUUUUUAUAUAUCAUUUUGUUCAGGAGAAACAGGGCUUUAAUUUAUCAUUAACUAUUCGUAUAUGGAACAUAAUUUAUUAUGAAUAAAAUUUUAAAAAAAUGUGAGAAAAUAAAAUUUAUUUUUUACAUUUGUAUUUCCGUCUGACAUUUUAGCUGUGAAUGUCAUAAUACUGUUAGGUUUUACUGCAAAGAAAUGCACAUAUUUGUAAUCAGCGAUGUCUCACGAGUACAACAGUACCCCCCAUUAACAGGUUUUAUGGUGUUUUGGAAAGUUACAGGGUCAAAUAUAGAACGUACCAUUUUCACAUUGAAAUUUGCCAGAUUAGUAAUGUUACCUUUGAGACGGUGUGGUAGCCCAGGAAUGAGAAUUACCCCCAUGAUGGCAUACCAUUUGAAAAAGGAGACAACCCAAGGUAUUGAAAGUGGGGUAUGUUUAGUCUUUUUUAGUAGCCACUUAGUCACAAACACUGGCCAAAGUUAGCGUUCAUAUUUGUUUUUGUGUGAAAAAAGUUUGUGACUAAGUGGCUACUCAGAAAGACUGGACAUACCCCACUUGCAAUACCUUGGGUUGUCUACUUUUGCAAAUGGUAUGCCAUCAUGGGGGUAAUUCUCAUUCCUGGGCUACCAUACGCUCUCAAAGGCAGCAUAACCAAUCUGGCAAAUUUCAAUGUCCAAAAAAUUAAAUGCAAGCCUUAUAUGUGACUCUCUAACUUUCCAAAACUUUCACUAAACACAAAUAUUAGUGUAUUACAACAAUAAUAUAGUCCAUAAAAGUGCUGUUUGUUUGUAAAAAAUGUCACUUUUACUUAAAAUAUCAUCGUUGUAAUACAGUUUACCAGUUUGAAACACUAAUAUUUGACUUCAGCGAAGUCUCCCGAGUAAAACAGUACCCCCUAUGUACAGGUUUUAUGGUGUCUUGGAGAGUUACAGGGUCAAAUUUAGUGCUUGCGAAUUAAAUUCUCUGCACUUUCUCCCUGUGUUGUCAGGCAUGUCAAUCAAAUUUUAAUUAAUCAAAUCACAUAAUUAAGUUUAAAAUAUUACUUAAAGAUACAUGUAGAAUUUUAAUAUAUAUGCAUUUAUAGGUAUUUCAAUUCUACAUGUAUACUAAUGUAAUCUUUUACGUAAUUGUGUGUGUGUGUGUAUGUAUGUGUGUGUAUGUAUAUGUAUAUGUAUAUGUAUAUAUAUAUAUAUAUAAUAUAUAUAUAUAUAUAUAUUCUAAGUGUAUUUUGUUACCAAUAUAUAUAUAUAAUUAACAAAAUACAGUUAGAAUGAAAUUACAUCUGAAUAUAUAAUUUAUAUAAAAUUUUGUUUCAAUAUUUUAUUUAUUUUAUUAUUUUAUUUAUUAUUGUAAUUAUACGUGUGUGUGUGUGUGUGUGUGUGUAUGUGUGUGUGUGUGUGUGUGUGUAUAUAUAUAUAUAUAUAUAUAUAUGUAACAUCAUUCUAAGUGUAUUUUAAUACUAAUAAAUAUACUUAUACUAAUAUUAAAAUACACUUUGUAUGACGUUACAUAUAUAUAUAAUAUGUAUAUUAUAUAUAUAUAUAUAUAUAUAUAUAUAUAUAUAUAUAUAUAUAUAUAUAUAUAUAUAUAUAUAUAUAUAUAUUCUUUGAGAGGGAUCACCUGGGGCCGGGGGAGGGCUGCCUGGGCUGUCAGGCAGCCCUCCAGAAGAGGAUCACGGCGGAGGUGAGUACCUCCGAUCUCCUGGGGGCUUCAGCCGUUAUGGCGUUCUAUGCCGCCGCAACGGCUUUAAAGCCCUUUUAAUGCGGGACGGCAUAGAACGCCGUAACGGCAUUAAAGGGUUAAUGAAGAAAAAUAAACAAACAAUGUUAAACAAAAAUCUGCACGCCAGUCAAGCAAGCUGUUGUAUACAGCAAACACAGAUUAAAAGGAAUCCAUGUUUAAAAUGGAAUGAGGCAAAAAUGUGAUUAUUUGUUAAACUCAUUUGCAUAUGCCCAACCAGAAUCCUUUGCAGUUGUAACAUCGCUCCAGUUAUGGGAUUUCUGUGGGAAAAGCAAGUCUUAUGGCUUGACUGGUGUGCAGAUUUUUGUUUAACAUUGUAUUAAUAUUAUAUAAAAAUUCACAAAGUCCUUGCACACAGGCUCUAUGUAGUCUGGGACUUUCAUCGGGAACAAUCUCCUGAUGAAAGUCCCAGACGAGGACUGAAACGUCGAUCAACUAUUUUAAAAUGUUUCAACAUUUAAAGUCUACAAUUUUUAACCUUUUAUCUACAAACCGUGAGUGGUGGUCAUCUUUACUGUUGGUGUAUGUAUAUAAUAACAUACAGUGAACAUUAAAUUCACCUCCCCUCUUCCUUACCUUGGCCAGCAAGGGGGGAAUGCUUGUCACUGGUGGUCCAAUGAGCUAAUCAUUUAGUCUGCACCCCCAGCAGCUGCAGACUGUGCUUGUUGCUCCCUCCGUUAGCGCCACAUAAAGUGUCUGUGCGUUGCAAUGGUAACCUGUGGCAACGCUUCGAUACAGUUGUGGGAGACUUUAUUCCUGGGCUGGUCUGUGAGGAAGUUCCUUAAUCUCCCCACCGGCCAGGGAGUCUCAAAAAUCCAUCUUUAGGCUGGCAGGGGAGAUCCUUUGAUCUCCUCAACAGGCAUUUGCAUAUUUCAAUGGUGAGCCUGUUUUUGUCCUGGAGCAGGAGCACAUCAACCCCUAUGUUAAUCUGGCCCUGGUUUAAAUGUAAAUUGACACAUUCAUUGGCAGCAAGGACCCUCCACAAAUAAGCUUACAUUCUGGAGUGAUUAUAGUACACUAGAAAAGUGGAGUGACUGUGUCUGUAACUCAUACAAAGUGUCACUCAUUUGUCUUAUGCGUAACGUGUGUUUUAUUCAUUGUUUUCUCUUGUUUAAUAAAGGUUUCCACUUACCCGGCCCUUACUGUGCAAGAAAUGGGAAUCUGCUGUAAGAAGGGUGAACUUCAAACCAACAAAGUACAGUAGUAUCUGCUCGGACCACUUUACACCUGACUGCUUUAAGAGAGAGUGCAACAAUAAACUUCUUAAAGAUAAUGCUGUUCCAACAUUGUUUUCUUAUUCAGAAACAAAGCCCAAGGUAAGACCCUCCUUUUUCUUUUCUUUUAUUAAUUUUUAACAAAUACACACAGUGACGUACACACCCAAACUUGCACCCACAGGUACACACUGACACACUCAGAUACACACACACACAGCCACAUACAAACACACACACUGAUACAUACUGGCACACACACACACACACUAAGAUGCACACAGUGACACAUACACAAACCUUGACACAGAUACACACACAGCACACAUUCACUCUCACUGACAAACAUACAAACUCCCUAACAGAGACACAUAAUAUUUAUUUAUUUUUAACAUUUUACUCCACCCAGCCCCAUACCUUUGGGAGUGCUGGCCUGGGGUUCAGUGGGGCUGCUGGGUGGCUGGAGAGCAGUCCCUGGGGUCCAGUGGGGCUGAUGAGCGGCUGGAGAGCAGUCCCUGGGGUCCAGUGUGGCUACUGAGCGGCUGGUGUGCGGGCGGCGAGGGAGCAGUGAUCUUCCUGCUCAGUUCCCUCGCGCGCCUCUUAGUGAUGCCGGAUUGACGUUAUAUUCCGGCUCUGGCAUCACUGCUGUGUGGGCGAGGGAGCUGAGCAGGAAGAUCACUGCUCCUUUGCCCCCCGCGGCCAUUUUGUUUUCACAUUUUUUUUGGCGGAACACCAUUUGGGAAAAGCUGGAUUAAAGGGACACUCCAGUGCCAGGAAAACAAUCCGUUUUCCUGGCACUGCAGGUCCCCUCUUCCUCCCACCUCCCAUCCCUGGUUGCUGAAGGGGUGAGAUCCUUCCUUACGUCAGCCAGUGGGCGAGACUUAUCCCGCCCGCCGGGGAGACCUAAUGCCGCAGAGCUCUCCAUAUGAAAGCAUUGAAAAUGCUUUUCAGUGCUUUCCUAUAGGGAAUUGAGCGACGCUGGAGGCACGGAAGUGCCCUCUAGUGGCUGUCUUAUAGACAGCCACUAGAGGAGGAGUUACCCCUGCAAGGUAAUUAUUGCAGUUUAUAAAAAAAACUGCAAUAAUUACACUUGCAGGGUUAAGGGUAGUGGGAGUUGGCACCCAGACCACUCCAAUGGGCAGAAGUGGUCUAGGUGCCUGGAGUGUCCCUUUAAGGUAAACUAAAAAAAUGGCCGGAGCUGUGGCAAUUGAAAUUUAAUGUGGAUAAGUGCAAGAUAAUGAAUCUUGAGUGUAAAAACACAAGGACAGAGUAUAGAAUGUUUGUUUGUUUUACACCGUCUUAUCAUCAACAUCUGAGAAAAGGGAUUUAGGGGUAAUUAUUUCAAAUUAAAGUUAGGCAGACAAUGUAAUAGAGCAGCAGGAAAUGGCUGCAGAGUGCUUGGCUGUAUAGGAAGAGGUAUUAGCAGUAGAAUGAGAAAAUGCUCAUGGCAUUGUACAGGGCACUGGUGAAACCUCACUUGGAUAUUGAUACUUUGGAAAGAGUACAGAGAAGGACCACUAAACUGGUUCAUGGAUUGCAGGAUAAAACUUACCAGGAAAGGCAAAAAUAUCUUAGCUUGGAGGAAAGAUGAGACAGGGGGGAUAUAAUAGAAACCUAUAUAUGUAAAGGAGGAGUAUAUUUAAAAGAAGAAAAACUACCACAACAAGAGGACAUAGUCUUAAAUUAGAGGUACCAUGGUUUAAAAAUAAUUUCAGGAAGUAUUCAUUUACUGAGAGGGUAGUGGAUGCAUGGAAUAGCCUUCCAAGUGGUAAAAGUUAACACAGUAAAGGAGUUUAAGCAUGCAUGGGAUAGGCAUAAGGCUAUUCUAGAUAUACAGUUACAAGAAAAAGUAUGUGAACCCUUUGGAAUGAUAUGGAUUUCUGCACAAAUUGGUCAUAAAAUGUGAUCUGAUCAUCCUCUAAAUCACAACAAUAGACAAUCAUAGCCUGCUUAAACUAAUAACACACAAAGAAUGAAAUGUUGCCAUGUUUUUUAUUGAACACACCAUGUAAACAUUCACAGUGCAGGUGGAAAAAGUAUGUGAACCCUUGGAUUUAAUAACUGGUUGAACCUCCUUUGUCAGCAAUAACUUCAACCAAACGUUUCCUGUAGUUGCAGAUCAGACGUGCACAACGAUCAGGAGUAAUUCUUGACCAUUCCUCUUUACAGAACUGUCUCAGUUCAGCAAUAUUCUUGGGAUGUCUGGUGUGAAUCGCUUUCUCGAUGUCAUGCCACAUCAUCUCAAUAGGGUUGAGGUCAGGACUCUGACUGGGCCACUUCAGAAGGCGUAUUUUCUUCUGUUUAAGCCAUUCUGUUGUUGAUUUACUUCUAUGCUUUGGGUCAUUGUCCUGUUGCAAACCCAUUUUCUGUUGAGUUUCAGCUGGUAGACAGAUGGCCUUAUGUUCUCCUGCAAAAUGUCUUGAUAAACUUGGGAAUUAAUUUUUCCUUCGAUGAUAGCAAUCCGUCCAAGCCCUGACGCAGCAAAGCAGCACCAAACCAUGAUGCCCCCACCACCAUACUUCACAGUUGGGAUGAGUUUUUGAUGUUGGUGUGCUGUGCCUUUUUUCGCCACACAUAGUGUUGUGUGUUUCUUCCAAACAACUCAACUUUGGUUUCAUCUGUCCACAGAAUAUUUUGCCAGUACUGCUGUGGAACAUCCAGGUGCUCUUGUGCAAACUGUAAACAUGCAGCAAUGUUUUGUUUGGACAGCAGUGGCUUCCUCUGUGGUAUCCUCCCAUGAAAUCCAUUCUUGUUUAGUGUUUUACGUAUUGUAGAUUCGCUAACAGGGAUGUUAGCAUUUGCCAGUGACUUUUGUAAGUCUUUAGCUGACACUCUAGGAUUCUUCUUCACCUCAUUGAGCAGUCUGCGCUGUGCUCUUGCAGUCAUCUUUACAGGACGGCCACUCCUAGGGAGAGUAGCAGCAGUGCUAAACUUUCUCCAUUUAUAGACAAUUUGUCUUACCGUGGACUGAUGAACAGCAAGGCCUUUGGAGAUACUUUUAUAACCCUUUCCAGCUUUAUGCAAGUCAACAAUUCUUAAUCGUAGGUCUUCUGAGAGCUCUUUUGUGCGAGUCAUCAUUCACAUCAGGCAAUGCUUCUUGUGAAAAGCAAACCCAGAACUGGUGUGUGUUUUUUUUUAUAGGGCAGGGCAGCUGUAACCAACACCUCCAAUUUUAUCUCAUUGAUUGGACUCCAGUUGCCUGACAUCUCACUCCAAUUAGCUCUUGGAGAUGUCAUUAGUCUAGGGGUUCACAUACUUUUUCCACCUGCACUGUGAAUGUUUACAUGGUGUGUUCAAUAAAAAACAUGGCAACAUUUCAUUCUUUGUGUGUUAUUAGUUUAAGCAGACUGUGAUUGUCUAUUGUUGUGACUUAGAUGAUGAUCAGAUCACAUUUUAUGACCAAUUUGUGCAGAAACCCAUAUCAUUCCAAAGGGUUCACAUACUUUUUCUUGCAACUGUAUGUUAAAGCAAGAGACAAAUGAAAGUAUUUAAAAAAUUGAGCAGACUAGAUGGGCCGAAUGGUUCUUAUAUGCCUUCACAUUCUAUGCAACAAAGAUACAGGCAAUUAUAUGCUUUGGAUGUAAAAAAAAUAAACUGUAAUUGAUAAACUUUUCCUUCCCGAACAUGACAUCUUGCACAGCAAUAUUAUUUGAUCAAAAAGUAAAAACUACAGGUUAGGAGAAAAGAACAGAAAAGUUGGGAUUAUAGAGCAUUACUACAUUUUGGAACAGGAAUAGAUUGUUAAAUUUAGAGCUCUUGUCUCCCUGCUCUAUUGUGUCAAAAAAAAAAAAAAGAGAGAACUUUGAGCUAUGUGAUAACUGUUGUGCUUUGUUUCCCCCUAUCUUUUAAUAGAAUGAAAAAAAUGAUUCUGAUAUAAAACAGGAGCAGCCUAUAGCUCCUGAAGUGGACCCUGCUAUUGGCUUAUUGCUGCCACCUCCCUAUACAGCCAGUCACAUUGCUGUGAUUUGUGACCACAAUUACACUGUGGAAGAUACAGUCCUUCAGAGGAGGAGGAUACAACAGCUAGAAGAACAAGUUGAUAAACUGAGGAAAAAACUAAAGAUUGCAAACCAGCGGUGCCGAAGACAAGAGCGCAACUUGGAAAGACUAGAAAAAGAGGUUUCUUACUACAAAACUGGAAAUGGUUAUGUUAUCUUACCGGGCAAUUACUUUGAGGUUUUGAGUGCACCAGAGUACCAGGAGGCAAAUCCAGUUUAAUUAAAAAUAACGUAAUUCUGCUUUGUGAGGCUUGUAUAUUGAAGUAGGAGUAGACAAACAUUACACUCUAGCAUGGUUAGUCAAUAAACUAGGAAUUGGCCAGGGAAUUUAACAAUUUAAACUAGUUGAAUUGAAAGGUUUGUUUGUGUUGUUUUUUUUCCCAAGUUUCUUUUUCGAUAUUGGUCAUUCUGUUUUUUGUAAUCUUUACACAAUUUGUGGUUUAGUGACUAACUUUGUUACUGUUUUACUACACAAUUUGCCCGGAACAGUGAGUUAUCUCACUGAUAGGUUCUAGGGUGGAAUGUUUAUCUACCAAAGCAAUAGACUAUUGAUGUAACAUGAUACCAAUGUAUAAACAGUCUAGUUAAUCCCAUCUUUAUUCAGUUAUUUGCUUUGCAGCAAAUGUUUUCCAGCUUACAAGAAAAACUCAUGUUUCUAUUAACCUCUCCACGUUUAGUCAAAGUUUUUUUUGAAAAUAUUUACAAAAUGCAUAUUAAUUUUGGCAAGAAUAUACUGCAAAAUUGUUUGAAUAGAAAACAAUCCAAGCGCCUAUUUGCUAAAUUUGCAUGGGUUGUGUGAAUUUCUAUUUACUUGUAUGUCUUAUUAAAACACAGGAUACCAAUGCAAACUUCUGUUCUGAUUAAAAGGUUUUUUUUAAUUUUAUUUUUUUGUGCUCUGUACAUAUAUAUAUUUUGCGUACACUUUAAUUUAGAAAAUCUUUGUACUUGUAAACUUGGC